UCUACCAUUCACCACACGACACAUUCCCUUUCAAUGUGGCCUUGUGUAACAUCUGAAUAAACAUAAUAUUGUAUUAUUAAUCUUUGUUUAACUUGUAAUCGCGGGACUUUAUAGCAACCAAAACAAUGUGACGUCACUAAUCUAAGUCAUAAUAUUCUCGUCUCUUAGAUGUUUCAUAGGUUCUUAUUUAACUUUCAAUUUUAGAGUUCUAAGCCAGAAGGUUAAAUAGAAACCCUUUUACAAUUGCUUCACUGUCUAUCCGUGUGUAUGUCUAUCUGUAUUUAUGCUGAAUUUCAUUAUUCGUAUCUGCCCAGCUGAUCAGCUAGAGAGUUGAAAUGUUUUAAUAUGAUUUAGGGUAUUCACCGGGAAUCACCGCAUUGGUAUAUAAUAUGUGUAAGUUGCUGUUUGGGCACAGUUCCUGUGUGCUUCUUGAGACGAUAGGUGUAAAAGAUCACUCUACAAUAUGCAGUUAUCAACCAUCUUUUGUUUUGCCGUUCUGCUAGCUUGUGCAAGGGCACAGGUGUUUGUAAGGCCGGGACACAAAGACGAAGACUUGGCUUGGAUGCGUAGUAUGGGGAAAGGACAUGUCUUUGGAACGCUUGGCAGUACAGACGGCUCACUUAUUGGUAAACUUGGCUACAAACAAAACCUUUUCAACGACCAGAGAGGCAACUUAGGAGGCACAGCAUACGGCUCAAGGGUCAUCAAUGAAUAUGGUGGCACCAGUUCCUUCGGAGGCAAGCUGGACUGGAAAAACGCCAACGAUAAUGCAAGAGCCUCUCUUGAUGUCCACAAGCAGGUUGGCGGGAGCAGUGGUAUGACUCUCACUGGUGAUGGAGUAUGGAAACUCGAUUCGAAGACCAGGCUGGUGGCUGGCGGCAAUCUGGACAAGACCUUUGGACACUCUAAACCUGAGCUAGGAAUUCAAGCGAAAAUUGAACAUGAUUUUAAAUAAGAGUGCAUAGACAGUAUUUUACAUUAUGACAAUUAGGAAUAGAUUUAGAUGAUUUUAAACUGAAUCUCUGAUAUAUAUUUUUUAACCAAAUUUUUAAAUUGGAUGACUCAGACUGGACUAUAUGCCAUGCUAUUGAAAUAUAGAUUACAGACAGGAAUUGAUAUGAAUUGAAAAAUAAGGAAAAUAAAAAGUGACUUUUUCAAAGUUAUACGUAGGUACCUACUUUCUUAAUUAUUCUAAGACACCACUGAGAAAACGGGAAGGAUCAAAUCUUGAUUAAGCUUGGAUACCAAAAUAUUUAAUCUGAAAACGACAACCCGCAGUGAGCUAGCGUCGUAAUCAAAACCUUCCUAAAAUAGGAAGAGGCCUAUACCCAGCCAUUUUGUCAACAACUUCUGUACUUAGUUGGAAUGUUAUUUUACUUUAAAAAACUGAGUGAUUGUUUUUUUCUGGUCUAACUGGAAGUCUCUAUAUUUUGCAGAUGAAUGCUUAUAUUUAUCAAAUAGCUAAUAAACACAUCAUCAGCGUAAAUAUAAAGUCUAAUUAACACUUCAGGGCGUUUCUACCAAAAAGCAAUUACAACUAAUUUGAACUGUUAAUUGCUUGAGCCUCAUAUUAACACGCAUUUUAGGAUUGUUAAUGUUAUUCAUAUUAAAGCUUAAUUAUCAAAUAAUUAGAAUUCGUAUGACUGAAACAUUGACUGAAAGCAAAAAUUAAUAUUUCUGUAAUGAAGUUAAAUGUUAUUAACAUGUGUUACUGUCCCAUGAUAGUCAAAUUGACGUGAAAAAAUUGUAAAUAGAUGGAAUUUCUAAAUAAAAUACUUACUCAU